AUGAAGCUUCAACAACAGGACUAUGGGACUUUUGAAAGAAGUUAUGUCUCGCAGUUUCUCUGUGGAUUGACGUGUUGCGAAGAUAUGAAAGUUCUCUACAACAGUCGAGUUGAUGGCUUUGAUAGAAUAACAUUUUACAAUUUAGUUGGUGGGCAAAAAAAUGUUAUUGUUCUGGUCAAAGUGAUGAACCAGUACUUUGGUGUUUAUCACGAUGACGUUGUUGCGAUUCAAAACUCGAUGAAGCGGACGCUUUCAAAAACGCCAUUCAUGCAACUCUUUUGUUUCAACUUGGAUGAAUUAGUACCUCUCGUGUUCAAGCGAAAGAGUGGCUUGAAGUCAUUAGAACUCGGUGGGAGGGAUACUCCGUUUAUAGUGAGGUGUCCAUCUGCCUUUACUGUGACUGAAGAUGGAUUCUGUUCUUUUGAUUCACACGUCAGAGAUGCUUAUAUCGUCUCCAAUCACUUCAACCACAUUUUCAAUGGCAUAGGUGUCGGGAAGAGAAAGGUAGAUGCUUUAAUAGCUCUGUCUUGUUUAUAA